AUGGGAGAUGAGUCAUCAGCCGCUAUGUUCUUAUUCUAUUUUGCAACUGUUUGGCGCGGCUUUAGCAUAAAAUGUUUUUUUGAAUUAAUAUCUGAGAGGGCUGAGAAGCAGCAAACGAUGAUAAGUGGUGCAGUGUCAGGUUUAACUUUAGAAAAGUUGGUGCAACGACUUGAGUCAGCGACGUUACGUCUGGAAGCGUUAAGUUCGCAGAAACCAACUUUAGCACCAAAACCUGCUCAGAACUCUAUUCCGCCACCGGCAUCUGCUUGUAAGCGUUUACUUAUUACUAUUUGA